UCUUCCUGUUUUCUCGAUCCCUGUUUCUUCCCUGGCUGCUCUCAAGAUACGGCUCUUAUCCGGAAAACUUUCUUCCGAAAAGAUUCUAAAGCUCCAGGCUAGAGUUAGUACACUCUAUUUGUCUGUCUAUACCUGUUCUGUCUUUCUACAACUGCACUGUGAAAUAUAUUCUUCCUUUCAUGCUUCACAUUCCAGUCUGGCUUGAUUUUUUUUUCUGUUAUUAUUUUCUACUGACUUUCAUCUGCGUCUUUUUUUCCAAAUCCUUAACAUACUGAGACAAACGCUAAAACACAUAUCAUUACCACGGCAAACACAUUCUUACUGAAACAAGGCAAAAUAUACACUUAUGAUCACAUAUACACAGUCACACAAAUAUACACACUUACUUUUAUAUACUAGCACAACAAAUACGCACAAGUAUGUGGAUACAAUUAAACCACCAAGAUCAGAUUCAAACAAAGAGAUCAACAUAACAUAACAACAUAACAAAACUUCAUCCGUACAAAGACAAAGAUAGAACAUUACAGACACAUUAAAAAACAGAAACAGUUGUUGCCAAAUGCAAGGCAUCCACUGAUUUAUUCAGACAUGCAAUGACAGAUAAGCUGUACGUAUCACAGUAUCACAUGCGGUGAAACCUAGAGAGAAACAUAAAUAAAAAAAUACAAGGUAGCACACAUACAGAACUCAACCUUAAUUCUCUACUUAAUCAAGACAUGAGUGAAAUAUUAAAUGGAAUACUGUGACACUUCAUCAAGGUAAAGAAAAGAAACACAUAUUUAUUGCCACAUAUAUACACAAACAAGAGAAGUCAUGGCAUCCUUACGCAGCUUACAGAUGCUUCCUAUCCUACUUUGGUUGGGCACAUUUUUCUGCCACCUCUCUCUCUCUUUGACACGAGAGCGAUUUAAGGUCGUUUUUGCCCCUGUGGUGUGUAAAAGGACAUGUCAUAAAGGAUACUGUCAUGAUGUCUGCAAGCCAGGAAGCAACAUGACACUGAUAGCAGAAAAUGGAGGUUCAGCGGACACGCUUACAGGUUCUGGAUUCAGAGUGGUGGUUUGUCCUCUGCCAUGUAUGAAUGGUGGACAAUGCUCUUCAAACAAUCACUGCCUCUGCCCGCCUGAUUUCACAGGCCGGUUUUGCCAACUUCCUGCAACAAGUGGAGGAGCAAGAAAUGCAGGAGAGGUGGGCGAAGGGGAAGGUAUGGAGCCAUCCUCAGGAAAGCAUGCAGUGUACGCAGUGCAAGUCAUCACUGGAGAAGAUGAACCAGAUGGCAGGGGAGCAAAAAUAAGCCAGUCAGCUCUCACUGUCCCACUUGGCCCAGGACACAGCUCAUCUGAAGUCCAGGUUCUUCCACCUCUGCUCAAUGUCAGAGUUCACCACCCUCCCAAUGCAUCCAUUCAAAUUCAUCGGAUUGAUGGUUUGGGGGCUGAAGGGAUACCUAGAGGAGGAGGCCAACAUCUUCUUUUUCACCCUGAAGGAAACAAGCCUGCACCUUCCAGACCUAUCACAUACAAGCCUUUGGGACGUUGUUUUCAAGACACUCUACCAAAGCAAGCAUGUGGCACAAAUCCUCUCCCAGGACUGACCAAGGAAGAAGACUGUUGUGGUAGCGUUGGGACUGCAUGGGGACAGCACAAGUGCCACAAAUGUCCACAAAUAUAUUCUGGGACACAGAAAACGGCUCCAUUUCGAGGAGAGGGGGGAUCUGAUUGUCCGCAGGGGUACAAAAGACUUAACAGUAGUCACUGCCAGGAUAUAAAUGAGUGCAGCAUGCAAGGAGUGUGCCAAAAUGGUGAUUGUUUAAACACACAUGGUAGCUUCCGAUGUGCGUGUAAACAUGGAUACAUCUUCAUCUCCUCACAGAUGCACUGCGCACCGGAGAAGUCUGAAGCAAUAGGUCUGUGCUACCGACUGGUAGGUGUGGAAGGGCAGUGCCAGCAUCCACUCUCCAAACGAAUGACCAAACAACUCUGUUGCUGUAGUGUUGGAAAAGCAUGGGGGUCUCAGUGCGAAGCAUGCCCUGCAGACGGCACAGCAUCAUUUACGGAGAUCUGCCCAGCUGGGAAGGGUUACCACAUUCUGAUGUCUCAUCAAACACUUACAAUUCAAGGUCAGAGUGAUUUCACGCUUCACCUUCAUCCUGAAGGUAGUGACACUCAGGUUGUACCCCCAAGGAGUCCGGAUUUGGCUUUACCUCCCAAAGUGUUUGAUUUGAUCCCAACCCAAAAGAUAACUGAGCUGGAUUCUCCGGAUGGACAAGGAGAUGUCACUGCUGUGAUAACCAAGCUCCCAGCAUAUGGCACCAGCUUGGAAGAAGAUUCUGUCGACCUUUCACAUCUAUAUUCAACAACACGGAUUUCAUAUCCAGAAAUUGUCAUGCAGCCCACCACUAUGGCUUUUCGACAAAUCCCUCCUGAGUAUCACACAAAGAGUGCUGCAGAGAUUGCGCCCAUCCAAGUAACAGCAACUGAUGAGUGUAAGUCGAUGAGAAAUUUUUGCGGCCAUGGAGAAUGUAUAUCUACACCUACAGGAUACGAAUGUAGCUGCUAUAAUGGGUAUCAGCUAGACCCACUGAGAAAGCACUGUAUAGAUAUUGAUGAGUGCGAUGGUGACCCUUGUGGCCCUGGAAAGGGUUUGUGUCUGAAUACAGGUGGUUCAUUUAACUGCCAUUGUCUCCAUGGAUACCGAUUACAGGUGACACAAGAAAAGCGAUUUUGUGUUGAUAUUAAUGAAUGUCAGCGCUCUGGAGUGUGUGGAGAUUCUCGAAGCUGCUUGAAUUUUCAAGGAAAUUAUAAAUGUGUAUGUCAAACCGGUUACAAACUGAGAAGUACGAGCCCACCAGUGUGUGAAGAUAUCAAUGAGUGUUUACUUCCCCAACUCUGUGUCGGUGGACAAUGUGUAAACACCCUUGGCUCUUUCCAUUGUGUGUGUCCUCAAGGUUACAAACUCCACAGCCAUCAUAUCUGUCAAGAUGUUGAUGAGUGCUCACUGCACCCUAACCUGUGCUCUCCCCACGGAACCUGUGAGAAUGUGGAGGGAUCCUAUACAUGUGUCUGUGAUAGUGGAUAUAUAUUAAAUGAGGAAAACAAGAAAUGUGAGGAAGCUCCACGCCGUUUGGAUCUCAGAGACUGCUUCCUAAGUCUUGAAGAUUCUUUGUUCUGCGAUAGUGUUCUUGCAGUUAAUGUUACUCGAGAACAGUGUUGUUGCUCCUUAGGUGCUGGAUGGGGAGACCAUUGUGAGAUCUACCCAUGCCCUGUGCAUAGUUCAGCUGAGUUCCUGUCACUCUGUCCAGAUGGGGUUGGAUUCAUCCUUGACCUUGGCAUCAUGAGUUAUGGACUUCCAACUUACCGAGAUAUCGAUGAGUGUCAGCUCUUUGGACAGGAGAUCUGCAAAGAAGGAAAGUGUGUGAAUACUCAGCCCAGCUAUGAAUGUUACUGCAAACAUGGAUAUUACUAUGACAACCGACUACUUCAGUGCAUGGAUGUGAAUGAGUGCUUAGAUGAGUCAAACUGUGUUAACGGACAAUGUAUCAAUACCAGAGGCUCCUUCUACUGUCGCUGCCCUUCACACAUGCAAUAUCAUGCUGAGCACAAGAACUGCACGCCAAAUGCUGAACUAGAUAUUGAUGAAUGCCAAGAUCCAGGACUGUGUCGCAAUGGGCGUUGUGUGAAUACUGUAGGAUCGUUCUACUGCAAGUGUACUGCUCCAUGGACCUUGGAUCCUCUGGGGAGGCACUGCAAUCCCCCAGACACACAAUCAGAUUGGGAGACAGUGGACAUCUGCUGGAGGAUGCGAGGUUCAGAUGGAAUUUGCUCCCAUGCCAUGAAUGGUCCCCAUGUAUCAAUGACUGAUUGCUGCUGUCGACAGGGACGAGGUUGGGGACUUGGCUGCCUUGCAUGUCCUCCACGGCAUGCUCAAGUCUGCUCACAUAGUGAGGCCAAUUCAUUCUGGGAGUCCAGUAGCCUCCAUGUCAAAAAGUCUCGUAGAGAUGGAGACAGCUCAGAGGAGAUAUCAGAUGAAUGUCCUUGCAUAAAUGGUCGCUGUGUAAGAGGGCCUCAUGGAGUCUCAUGUGAAUGUCAAGGAGGAUUUCAGCUGGACAUCACGCGGACUCGUUGUAUUGAUUUAGACGAAUGCAGGCAAAAGAACCCACGUGGAUCACUCUGCAAAAACAGUCGAUGUAUUAACACAAUGGGGUCAUUCCGCUGUGUGUGUAAACUGGGGUACACUCAGUCUCGGCACCCCCAUUACUGCAUCCCACAGAGGAAAAGAUAGCUGAUAAAUGAUGACCUGGUGGUUUAUCCAAGAGCACAUCUUUCAUUCCACCAGCUUAAGCUGAAACCCAUAAGUUAGUGCAGAGUGCAGAGAAAGAGUGAAACAGCUGUGAUGAGACUGUGCAAUAAAAAGGACACAUGAAGGCUAAAGAAGGAAAAUAGUAAAGGAUGACGAAAAUUUAAAGAAGAAGAUUGUUUGAUGGAAAUAGAGAAAAAAAACAGACAAAUUAUCAAGAAAAGUACAAAGCAUCACAGGCACUUUCCAAGAGGCUAUACUUACUUGUACAUGACUUUAACCCCGCAAAGCCAAGAUCCUAGCAACUGGAAGAUGGAAAGUCCUUAUACCAUGGCUUGAUAACUUUUGGUCUGAGAUAAAGCAAAGAGAGUGAUAUAAGAGAGUAAAAAAAUGUUGUAGUGUAAAUAAAAUAUACCAAUUUCAUUGCGCAGUAUGGCUCUAAGGCUCAUUCUAGAACUUGUGCUCAAUAUCCCAUAUUACAUGUAUAUUUAUAGGAAAGAGUUCUGUGUAUGUUUAUACAUUCCUCUGUACAGUCAGACACAUAGUACUCUGUAAUUAUAUAUUGGACAAACGUUUGCUGAAUUUAAAGGAAAGGGAACCACUGUGUGAGUGUAGAUAACAUGCUGCAAGCAAUGCCUCUGCAUGUGUAUAGUAAGUCAUGUAUACGUGUGUAAGCACACAUUUGUGUGUGUAUACAUGUGUAUGCAUUCAUAUUGGCCCAGUGAUAUAUAUUUAUAUGCUGCUCGUUUUGUAUGUGUAUGUAUGUAUUUUAGUAGUAAAAUUAAAAGUUAUUACACU